AUGAGGCGCGAGACAUCGACCUCAAGUGAAUGUGGAGGAGCUAUGUUGGGGAGAUAUUGUAAAUGUCUAAAAGAGGCGUUAAUAAGGAUAUUGUGGACAGAUUUAAACCCUGGAAGAAGGUUCUAUGUUUGUGGCACACAAGGGUGGGGAGACCUAGAAAUGUGCGAUCGUUCGAGUCAGAUCAUUCCCGGGCUGUUAAGGCGUAUUAGAACUAUGGAGGAGAAACUUCAGUUGCAGAGAGCUAAAGGAUGGGAAACAGCUGAAAUUGGAAUUAAUGUGAUGAAAGGGUUUGAUGGCAUGUACUUUGUGGUUUUGGGUAAUAUGUGUUAG